UAAGAAUAAUCCUAAAUUUCUUUUCAGUACAGUUGCUAAACUUACACAGAAUAAUAGCUCUGAGCCGUCUAUUCCCUUAGCCCUCAGCAGCAAUGACUUUAUGGGAUUUUUUAUAAGUAAAAUUAAUUCUAUUAGAAACAAAAUCUUUAGCAUCCUCCCUAAUGCGAUUUCUUCUUCCUCAAUGUUGAGAGUGCGGAAUUAAAGAUGACCGAAUUCAGAGACGUCUCUUGUCAGAAGUAGAUCUUACAUUUGACAAGGCCCUGUCAAUUGCAGUAGCCAUGGAGACUGCAAAUAAAAAUGCACAGGAUCUGCAAACCUCAGGGGCGACAGCAAAAUGUUUUAACCUCAGCAAAGUACAACAGGAGAGUCGUACCUUUACAGGAGAACGCAAGGAGUGUUAUCGUUGCACAGGAACUAAGCACACAGCGGCAGACUGUAAGUACAAACAAGAAAAAUGCCAUGCUUGUGGUAAAGUGGGACACAUAGCCAGAGCUUGUAGAAGCAAGACAAAACUGAACCAGAAAAAGUAUGCAUCGACAUAUGUAAAGAAAGACAGAAAGCAGAGUUCACACUACAGUACUCACAAAGUGGGCGAGGAAAAAGAUAACGGCCAAACUGACAGCUCUGAGGAUGAGUCGUUCACGAUGAACUGUGUUAAGUGCAGUCAAGAGCACAAAAGAAAAGUGUACAAGUUAGGGCGUGGCAGUGUGGUACACUUGAGGAAAGUAGACCCCUACACUGUAGAUAUGCAAAUUGAUGGAAAAAGGGUGAACUUUGAAAUAGACACCGAGUGUUGCCUAACCGUCAUGAACGAAGCAACAUUCAGAGAAACGGGAAAAAACACUAAGCCCCUUAGCCUGCAGCCCAUCAAAAUCAAGCUGGAAACUUAUACAGGGGAUCCUGUUAAGGUAAUUGGUGCAACACGAGUCAGUGUAAAUUACAAGCAGCAGAAAAAACAUCUGCCUCUGGUGGUGGUCGGAGGCGACGGCCCCAACUUGCUAGGUCGCGCUUGGCUUGAGGAAAUUAAAUUGGACUGGAAUGAAGUAAAAAACAGUCGUAACCACAGAAAGCUGCACAGAGUCCAAACAAUGGAAAAAACACUUCAGCAGGUGUUAAAUGAACAUGAGGCUGUAUUCAAAGAGGAGCUGGGCACCCUGAAAGGCAUGAAAGCUGUGAUUCAUGUGAAAGGUGAUGCCACUCCACGUUUUUUCCGUCCACGUUCUGUUCCCUAUGCUAUGCGAGCAAAAGUCAACGAGGAAAUAGAUCGACUUUUGAAAGAAGGCAUCAUCUCGCCAGUUAAAUAUGCUGAAUGGGCGGCACCAGUAGUGCCAAUUCUGAAGCCCACGGGGAAAAUAAGACUGUGUGGAGAUUACAAGCUUACUGUAAAUACAGUGGCUUCCCUGGAGCAGUAUCCCCUACCCAGAAUGGAGGACUUGUUUGCCACACUGUCCGGGGGUAAGCAGUUCUCAAAAUUAGACAUGAGCCACGCUUACCAGCAAAUCCUCUUGGAUGACGAAUCAAAAAAGUACGUGACAGUAAACACACCUAGGGGGCUGUUCACAUAUAACAGAUUGCCUUUUGGAGUGGCCUCUGCUCCAGCAAUAUUCCAGAGGACCAUGGAAAGUCUCUUGAAGGGGAUACCUCAGGUAGCUGUGUAUUUAGAUGACAUCUUAGUGACUGGAGUGGAUGAGAAAAGCCAUCUAAAAAAUCUCGAUGAGGUGUUGACCCGGUUGGAGGAGGCUGGGUUGAGGUUAAAGAGGUGCAAGUGUGUUUUCAUGCAAGAGGAAGUGGAGUACUUGGGGCACAUAGUGGAUGCUCAGGGGCUCCACCCAGUGGAAGAGAAAGUUAAAGCCAUCAGGGAUGCACCUACCCCCACAAAUGUCACUGAACUGAAAGCAUACUUAGGGUUGCUAAAUUACUAUAACAAGUUCCUUCCAAACCUGGCAACCCUACUGGCACCCUUACAUGAACUUUUGAGACACGAGGUACGGUGGACAUGGCAAAAGAGACAAGAUGAAGCCUUUCAGAAAUCCAAGAACCUGUUGAACUCAGCAGAGGUGUUAGUUCAUUAUUCUGCUGACCGGGAGUUGGUUCUCUCCUGUGAUGCAUCCCCAUACGGCGUAGGUGCCGUAUUGUCACAUAAGAUGGAGGAUGGAAGUGAGAGACCUUUGGGGUUCAUGUCACGCACACUCUCUCCUGCUGAAAGGAAGUAUUCUCAGCUGGACAAAGAAGGCUUAGCGGUGAUAUUUGGCAUCAAGAAAUUUCACAAAUAUUUGUAUGGCCGAGUUUUCACGAUUUACACAGAUCAUAAGCCUCUAAUCUCACUGUUCAAUGAAAAGAAGCCUAUACCUCAGAUGGGCUCACCAAGAGUACAACGAUGGGCCGUGACAUUGAGUGCUUACGAGUACAACAUCAAGUACAAGCCAGGUAAACACCAUGAAAACGCGGAUGCGCUCAGCCGGUUGCCGGUACCAGACUCAACAUCUGAGCAAGAAAUGGCUGAGCAGGUUUUAAUGAUGGAUGUACUGGAUGACACUUUGGUGGACACUGCACAGAUCAAACGAUGGACAGCGAAGGAUGUAGUGUUGUCGCAAGUACACGAGUACACCUUAAAGGGUUGGCCAGUUCAGACCGAUGCCGGUUUAAAACCGUAUCGACAGAGGAAGCUGGAACUGAGUGUGAGGGAUGGUUGCGUGCUCUGGGGAGCCAGAGUAAUUAUUCCCACCAAAGGCAGAGACAAAAUAUUGAAACUCCUGCACCAGACUCAUACAGGUAUGUCGAAGAUGAAAGGCUUGGCUAGGUCUUAUGUAUGGUGGCCAGGGAUGGAUGAGAGCAUUGAAAGAGAAGUGCAGGCAUGUGAAGAGUGUCAGAAACACCAUAAGUCACCACCGACCGCACCAUUGCACCCGUGGGAGUGGCCGGAGUCCCCAUGGUCCAGAAUCCAUGUGGACUAUGCAGGGCCUUUCCUCGGGGAGAUGUUUCUAAUCAUUGUGGAUGCUCAUUCCAAGUGGAUGGACGUGUACCCUGUGAAAUCCUCGACAUCGCAGGUGACUGUAGAGAAGCUGCGCCAGAGUUUCAGUGUGUUUGGGCUACCUAAAAUGUUAGUUUCAGACAACGGAACAUGUUUCACCAGUGCUGAAUUUGAGUCAUUCAUGAAACAGAAUGGAAUUGACCAUGUGAGAUCUGCUCCUUUCCACCCCUCUUCAAAUGGGCUGGCUGAGAGGGCAGUACAGACCUUUAAGGAGGGGAUGAAGAAAGUCAAAGGUGAUACCUUGCAAACCAGACUGUCUCGAUUUCUGUUCAGUUAUCGCAUCACGCCGCACGCCACUACUGGUUUAUCACCAGCAGAGUUGAUGAUGUCACGGAGACUCAGAUCAGUUUUGGACCUGCUCAUGCCUGAUGUAAAAAAUAAAGUGCAGCACAAACAAUUGAAACAGAAAGAAAAUCAUGACACCAAGAAAAGAUUGAGGAGUUUCACACCAGGAGACCAGGUCUUCAUCAGAAACUACUCCUAUGGCCCGAAGUGGAUUCCUGCAGUCAUUGUGAGAGCAUCGGGUCCAGUGUCUUACAUUGUUACCAUUGGAUCAGGUCAAACUAUGAAGCGGCACGUGGAUCAGGUGAGAGCAAGAGUGGCCCAGUACAGUGACACUGUGCCCAGUACAGUGGACAGGGAGGUGGAGCCAUUGCAGGACCAAGAAGCAGUGCCUGAGUGCUUUUGGCCAGCCGGGACACCGCCACAACCUACGGCAUCGGAGUUGCCUGAUGCUCCGGAGACUCCGGCUCCUGGAGACUCCUCCGUGUCACCCGUGUUGCGACGUUCUCAGCGAGAGAGACGUCCACCAGAGACUUUAAAGGACUUUGUUGGAUAGUGUGAGAUCUUCCAGGAAUAGAGCAACACAGUGUUCUGAUAUAAGUGAAUAUAUGUUAGGUUGGAUGGUUACCAUGAUUACGUGUUGCUUGUUUGUUAAGCAUUCUUUAGAUAAAUCAUUAUUUUGUAGAUCACGGUGGAGUUGGACUUAAAGGGGGAGGAGAUGUGGUAUCGUGAGGAAUUAGUUGUUCAUAUAAAUAUCUGAGUACGCAUAAUAGUUCUUAUUCACAGAUGCCUACAUAUCAGGUUCCCGUUAUUCAUCUCCAAGAAAUAGAAGAGGUGUUGUUACAAUGGUGAGGCCAGGAGAGGCAGUAGAGGCUCUGUGUUACAUAAUGUUGUAAGAACAGUAGAAGAAGUGUGUGUCCAGCAGUAGUAAGUAACAAAUGGAUGCUGAUGUUCUGUACAUGUUCUGAAUAGACGGUUCAGUAAACAAGUUUCAACGACACUCCGGAGUAAGGCUCAGUUAUUUUAUUUUUUGAAGAUGCAACAGCUGUCAGCAGUGGGUGUGUUGGCCCUGGUCGGCCUGAAGCAGACCCCCUCGAGAUGAGGGCUGAGAAUGAGCCUUGGUUGGCCCGGAACAAUACCAGGCCACCCAGAUAUGUAAACAACCUACGCUACCCGGCCCGGGCCGACCCGGUACAGAUGGGA